AUGAAAGCCUUCGUAGUAGUUGCCCUGCUUGCCACUUGUGCCUAUGCUGCUCCCCAGCGUGCCCAUGGCGGUGCUAAUGCUGCUGCCAAUGCCGCUGCCACUGCCAGUGUAAAGGGUAAUGCCGGAGGAUUUGGCGGUGGUUUGGGUGGGGGUUUCGGCCGUCCCGGUUUCGGCGGUCUUGGAGGUGCCGGCGGCGGUUCGGCCAGUGCAAAUGCUGGUGCUAAUGCCAAUGCUGUUGGUGGUGGUGCUGGUGGUUUUGGAGGCCGUCCCGGUUUCGGUGGUCCAGGUUUCGGUGGACCCGGUUUCGGUGGCCCUGCCUUUGGUGGCGCUGGUGCUAAUGCCAACGCUGGUGCCAAUGCUGUUGGAAGUGCUGGUGUUCAUGGUGGUCAUGGAGGUCGUCCCGGCUUCGGUGGUGCCGGCCUCGGUGGUGCUGGCUUCGGUGUUGCUGGUGCCAAUGCUAAUGCCAACGCUGGUGCCAAUGCUGUUGGAGGUGCUGGUGGUCGUCCCGGCUUCGGUGGUCCAGGCUUCGGUGGUGCUGGCUUCGGUGGUGCUGGUGCCAAUGCUAAUGCUAACGCUGGUGCCAAUGCUGUUGGAGGUGCUGGUGGUUUUGGAGGUCGUCCCGGCUUCGGUGGUCCAGGCUUCGGUGGUGCUGGCUUCGGUGGUGCUGGUGCCAAUGCUAAUGCCAACGCUGGUGCCAAUGCUGUUGGAGGUGCUGGUGGUUUUGGAGGUCGUCCCGGUUUUGGUGGUGUUGGCGGUGGUCUUGGUGGUGGUUUCGGUAGCGGUUCAGCUUCUGCCUCUGCUUCCGCAUCUUCAUCCGCCACAGCCAACGGCAGAGGUGGUGCUGGAGCUGGUGCCAAUGCCAGUGCUACUGCUAAUGCCAACUCUUCCAAUUUCCGCGGUUAA